GAGAAAGAGCAAUAUGAAGGAUGAACACCCGAUAAAGAAAAUGGAAGGAAAACAAAGACUGAGAGAGGAACGUCCUCCUUCUCAAGAUGUUGGCCCAUGGAUGGAAAAGUGUCACGCCAGAAAGGAAAAAAUGACAUUUCCCCAGUGGGCCAAAAAUAUAACUAAAAGAUCAAGCAUUAACUUAGCUACAAGAGUGCGUGAACUGAAGGACAAAUUUAAAUGUGCAGAAUGUGGAAAGAAUUUCAAACAGAGGAUACAUCUUACUGUACACCACAGGACCCACACAGGAGAGAAACCCUACAAAUGCUCAGAAUGUGGAAAAAGCUUCAGAAGGACGGAUAGUCUUACUGUUCAUCUCAGAACCCACACAGGAGAGAAACCGUAUCCAUGCUCUCAAUGUGGAAAGAGCUUCAGUAAGCUCAACAACCUUAUAUCCCAUCAAAGAAUGCACACAGGCGAGAAACCAUACGAGUGCUCAGCGUGUGGGAAAAGUUUCAGGCACAGUGGUAGUGUGGUGAAGCACCAAAGGACCCACACGGGAGAGAAACCCUAUAAAUGCUCAGUGUGUGGGAAGAACUUCAGCCAGAAGAGCAACCUGACCUCCCACGAGAGAACCCACACAACAGGCAAGCCAUGUCAGUGCUCAGAAUGUGGCAAGUGCUUCAGCCAGAGGGCUUACCUUGCAGCUCACCAGAGAACACACACGGGAAUAAAACCAUAUAUGUGCUCCAGGUGUGGAAAGAGCUUCAGGAGAAGGGAUAAACUUGUGGCUCAUCAGAGUGCCCACACGGGAGAGAAGCCAUAUACAUGUUCGGAGUGCGGAAAGAGCUUCGGCUACAUCAGUGUCCUUUCGGAACAUAAAAGGAUACACAUAGGAGAUAAACCGUAUAAAUACUCGAAAUGUGUAAAACUUGGCUUUUCUUCCUGCAAAAGUACCAAUGCAGGAGAAAAACCGUAUCAAUGCUCCGAGUGUGGAAAGGCCUUCAGAUACAAAAGUACUUUUGCUAAUCAUCAAAGAACCCACACUGGGGAGAAGCCGUAUAAAUGCUCGGACUGCGGCAAAAGCUUCAAGCGAAGGGAUAACCUUGCGGCUCAUCAGAGGACUCAUACCGAGGAAAAGCCAUAUGUAUGCUCAGUCUGUGGAAAGAGAUUUAGACGAAGCAGUAACCUUAUUACCCACCAGAAUACCCACACAAGAGAGAAACCUUAUAAAUGCUCCGAGUGCGGGAAAAGCUUCAAGCACAGCCAGAUGCUUGCUAAACACGAAAAUGUACACCUUCGAGAAAAACCCUAUAAAUGCUCAGAGUGUGGGAAAAGUUUCAGAUACAACUAUACUCUUGCUAGCCACCAAAGAAAACACACCGGAGAGAAACCUUAUAAAUGCUCAGAGUGCGGAAAAUGCUUCGUACAGACCGGCAGCCUUACUGCCCAUCAAAAAACCCACACGGAAGAGAAACCCUAUAAAUGCAUUCAGUGUGGAAAGAGCUUCAGGGAAAGGGGUAACCUUGCAUCCCAUCAGCGAACCCACACAGGAGAGAAGCCAUAUAAAUGCUCAGAGUGUGGAAAGAACUUCAGGCACCACAGCACUCUUACUAAUCAUCAAAAAACUCACACAGGAGAGAAACCGUAUCAAUGUUCGGGAUGUGGAAAGAGUUUCAGGUGGAAGAAUAGCCUUGUUGUGCACCACAGAAGCCACAGUUCACAGUUCGAUUCACAAAGGAGGACCUGUGUUGCUUGAGGAGAUGCACAUGUUUGGACUCUGAGCAAAGCACAAAAUGUAAAUGUUGAUGUGACUGUAGAAUGGCUAACCCAAUGAAUUGUUACUCCACAUGUUUGCCCACUCUGGGUGACCUUCGUGAGUCUUACAACUGCCUGCAAUUUUGGUAAAAUCUGAAGAACAGUUCCAGAAAACGAUAAGGAAAUAUCUUUGUUGUCUUUUGCCCUCCAGUAUAGUGGUCACACGCAAGAGAAAACUGCCUUUUGGUUUGAAGUAAAGAAGUACCGUAUUUUUCGCUCCAUAAGGCACACCUUACCAUAAGACACACCUAAUUUUUAAUUGAUAUUGUCAUCCAUAUUGUGCCCCUUAAUUGAUACUGCCAUCCAUAUGUGCCCUUAAUGUCACCAGCCAGUAAUCCAGCCAGGAAUUCCUCUGUAUUAUGGUAUCUGUGUAUCUGGACGAAUCUUCUCCCUUCCUCUGCAGCGCUCUCCUCCCUGCUUCCCCCAGCGUCUGGCUGGUCACGUGAUCUGGCUGUCCAGUAAGCGGCGCUGGUCCUACAGGGCUGCUAACUGAUGCCCUGUAGUACCAGUGUUACUAAUGAGUACAGAGCCCAGCCACAUAUGACAGUGGCAUGAGCUCUGGGGGGGGUCUGUUAAGCCACCACCAUUUUGCCUAGUCCCAGCAGCUUGAGGCAGCGUCCUUCCAGAUCAGCGUUGUAAAAAAAGGGUAAUUAUCAUACCGACCGCUCGAGGGAUCCAAACACUGUGUUAUUAGCAAAUUGCACCAUUUUUAAUAGUGUUCACUCCAUAAGA